AUGAAAAUUUUCCGCUGGAUUUUUUUAUUGCUGCACGUCGCUCUCGUUAAAGGCACUUCUUUAGUUGAGGAUAUUUUGGGUUUGAAACUCGAUGGAGACUCUGUCGUAUCCAUGGAUUGCAAAAAAACCUUGAAAAAAGUUCAAAGAGCCUUCGUUGAGGAUGAAAUAUGGACGAUAAAACUAAUCGAUUCUUCUGGGCGCAUUGCUUCGGAUUUCGUUGCGGGCAACAAUUAUUGGUUAGGAUCAAAAGAUGCAUGUUAUGGAGUAAAUCAACAACUUUCCUUGAGGGAUAUGAGUUUGUCGAACCGUUAUUCGAGAUUCAAUGAUGCAAAUUUGACAUAUGCAAAGGCGCCUUUUGAGUUUUUGUAUUACGUCACAUACGUUGAACAUCAUUCGCCGUAUCAGUUGGAGCAUAAAAUGUUCAAAGAUAAUAUCCUCCAUUUAGGAACUUGUUUGCCAAAAAUUUGCUCAAAUGCAGAUGUAACAGAACUCAUUAACGAGGUUUUAGACGAAAAUUUCGAUCAAUAUAGGAUAAUUGGCAAGAAAUUCACAGUACUUCAUACAAAAACGAUUGAUUCGUCUCUCAGGAGUGUCAGUACAAGAUUCACUUUCAUCACAUUGGUCAUUAUUUCAACAAUUUGUGUCCUUUUAACGAUUUUUUGUACAUUAUUCAGUGCUAAAAUUAAAAAUUUGAGACACAUUCCGCCAAUUUUGGGAGAUAUUAGCGAUUGUUUCUCGUUAAAACAGAACCUGAAAAGCAUUUUUCAGUAUGAUGAGGAACUAGAUCCAUUGAGACUCGUCAUUCAUGGUGUUCGUGCAUUAACAACUCUCUAUCUCGUACUUGCUCAUAUUGGAUAUUUCUCGAUUUAUGUGAUGGAUAACAGUAGAGAAGGCUUAAAACAUGUGAAUGAUAUCGAAUUUUUUCCUUUUGUUAUUGGGCAAGUGGUUAUCGAGAACUUUUUUGCCAUGAGCGGUUUCUUAAUGGGACUUGGAAUGAUCAGUGUUACACAUAAAAGUUCAAUUAAACUGCUUUUUCAGGGGAUUUUCAUCAGAAUUUUAAGAUUGAUGAUUCCAUACGUACCUGCUUUGUUAAUUUUCAUGUCGUUAGCUUCGUAUUUUGAGAAAUCAUCGCCUUACAUGACAUUCAUGAACGAUUCAUACAAUUGUGAGCAUUAUUGGUACCGAAAUGUCCUCUUCAUCAACAAUUUAUUUCCCUUUGAGGAGAUUUGUUACGUCACAACUUGGUAUAUUUCGGCAGAUUUUCAACUUUUUGUCACAGUACUUGCG